AUGAAUGAGGGUAAACCAGAAUGGACACAUUGGGACUCAGAACCAGGCAGGCCUAUGAACUUUGCCAAGGGUGGAUUAAAAGAAUCCUAUGGAAGGCCAGAAGAAAAAGUACUCAUCAACCGUCGGGAGGUCACAAUUACGAGGGAUGCCUGGGACAUGCAGGAGUUCAUCACUUACAUGUACAUCAGACAACUCCUUCGACAUCCAGCCUUCCAGGCAUUGUUGGCCAUACUCCUGGUGGCUAAUGCCAUUACCAUCGCUCUGCGCACUAACUCUCACCUUGGCCAGGAACACUAUGAGUUGUUCUCUGCCAUAGAUGACAUUGUGCUUACAAUUCUCAUGUGUGAGGUUCUGCUUGGCUGGUUUAAUGGUUUCUGGAUCUUCUGGAAGGAUGGAUGGAACAUACUCAACUUUGUGAUUGUCUUUGGACUGGUCUUAGGACUCUUCUUUGAUGUCUUUGAUCACAUUGCCAUCGCCUACACCUUGAGGGCACUGAGAUUGAUGCAUGUAUGCAUGGCAAUAGAACCCUUGGCCCGAAUUCUCCGAGUCAUUAUACAAUCUGUACCCGACAUGGCUAACAUCAUGGCGCUCAUCCUCUUCUUCAUGCUGGUUUUCUCCGUUUUCGGAGUCACCCUCUUUGGCUCCAUGGUCCCUGUCCAUUUCCAGAACAUGCAAGUAGCCCUUUACACCCUCUUCAUCUGCAUCACCCAGGAUGGUUGGGUGGACAUCUAUGAUGACUUUCAGAUGCAAGAUAGGGAAUAUGGGCUAGAGAUCGGAGGUGCUGUUUACUUUGCCAUCUUCAUCACCAUUGGUGCUUUCAUUGGUAUUAACCUGUUGGUGGUUGUCGUGACUACGAACCUGGAAGAGAUGAUGAAGGCUAUGGAAAAGGAGAAUCAGGAAGAAAUGACUACUUUUGUCAGCCUGGAGGUGGCCAAAGAGGACCUCUCAAAAGAGAAGCCAGAGCUUCAGCUGGUGCACUGUCAGGAAUGCCUCACAGAUUGGAGUGGAACAGCGAAGCAGGAGCCACUAUCCGGAGGGCCGAUGGAGAACCUGAACGAGAACACUUGCGAUAACUUCUGCCUGGUGCUCGAGGGCAUCCAGGAGAACCUACAGAAGUACAAGAAGAUCCGGGAGGAGCUCAACAAGCUGGUGGAGGAGGUUCGAGCUAUCCGCUUCAACCAAGAGCACGAGGAAGAGGUAAUGCAUCGGAGUUGGAAACGGAGCCUCUCUCAGGAAGACAGAGUCUCGGUGCACAGCCAAGACCUCCUCACUGCCCUCGUAAACAAAGAUAAGGCUCAGGAAUCCUCCACCAUACUUUAUGGGAAGCGCAAGACGAAAGGAUGAAAGGGCAGGACCCAGAACAAAAUGAGCUGCACCCACCUGACCUUCUUGAACCGCCUGCACCCAUCCGACCUCUUGGAUCUGCCUGCAGAUCGGGCAUGACCGCAAAAAGACCCUCCUGCUCUCCCUCCUGUCCCCACCACUUCCCCACCCUGGGAUUGCAGUCACUGUUCUUCGACAGUUAAUUUCUUCCUCAGAGCUCCAGAUGGGCACAGAGGCCUAGAAUAGGGAGGGCAGGAUACCUGGGUCCCACACCCACUC